CUUACAUGUCCCACUGCAAUUGCUGGUUGCAGCCUGUCAACUUGUCAUGUAGACUGCUCACCUAAGCGGUUGUGGAUCAUGUCAUUCGUCUUAUGAUGGAAAGCUGCGCCUUGUGUUUGACUAUCGAUGACUCACAGAAUCAUGAAUUCGGUUCCCUAAGCUCCCUUCCAUCCGCAGCUUCACAUCCUCACCUCAGCCAAACCGUGUGAUCACCUUGGAUCUUGCCAGAUCUGCUAUUCAGUAUCCCAGGUUCCCGCUUUGAAAACGAAAUGGCGACUACUCCCUUCCCUCCUCCCCCAGUUAAUACAAUUGACUGGAACAAUGUCGGCUUCAAGGUUCGCGAUGUGAACGGCCACGUCGAAAGCCACUUCUCAUACAGCACGACCGGGAAAUGGUCGGCGCCUCGAUUCGUCACCUCCCCAUACCUCCCCCUGCACGGCAUGGCUCCGGGCCUCAAUUAUGGCCAACAAGCGUUCGAGGGCAUGAAAGCCUUCCGCCACGCAUCGGGGGAAAUCACCAUCUUCCGACCGGACCGAAACGCCGCCCGCAUGCAGCACUCGGCGGAAUUUGUCUCCAUCCCUCCCGUUCCCGAAGAUCUGUUCAUCGAAUCCGUGAAGCUGGCCGUCGCUGCGAAUGCGGAAUAUGUGCCUCCGGCUGGGACGGGAGCGGCAAUGUACAUCCGUCCGCUGAUCUUCGGUUCCUCGGCGCAGCUGGGUCUCUCGCCUCCGGAUGAGUAUACGUUUGUUGUGUUCGUCAUGCCUACGGGUGUGUACCAUGGCGUGCAUGCGGUAGAUGGACUGAUUCUGGAGGAUUUUGACCGGUCCGCACCGGAGGGCACGGGAUCGGCGAAAUUAGGCGGUAACUAUGCGCCUGUCCUGAGACAUAGUGACCGGGCUCAUAAGGAAGGGUACGGGAUUACCUUGCACCUCGAUAGUCGGACGCGUUCGGAGAUAGAUGAGUUCUCCACGUCGGGGUUUAUCGGAGUCCGCAAGGAUAAUGGCAAGGUGACUCUUGUGCAGCCGGAUAGCAAGAACGUCAUUGAGUCUGUGACGGCGGCCUCAGUUCUGGAGAUUGGGGAGAAAGUUUGUGGUUUCAAGAUCGAGAAGCGGCGGGUUCCGUACGAAGAGAUCAAGGAAUUCUGCGAGGUCCUCGCUGCAGGUACCGCGGCUGCUUUGGUGCCGAUUCGGAGCAUCACGAUGAAGUCUCGCGGGGAUAAGUUCGAAUUUGAGUGCGGAGCGGAUCAAAGUGGAGGUGAUAUCUACAAGAAGCUUGUCCAGACGCUCCAGGGCAUUCAAGCAGGCAAGAUUGAGGAUCGGUUUGGUUGGAAUUGCGUCGUUGAGAGACCGCCAGCCGGCUGGGUUGAGGAUGCUGCUGGUAAUCAAAAAGAUGACAGCGUCAACGUGCCCUAAAAGUCAUGGUUUUUACAUGUUUUGUCCGCAAGGAUGAUCACUGAUACUGGACAUUUUGAAAAAUGCAUGGCCUUUUUCUUUUUCAGGUCUAUUAAUACAUGUAAGG